CCGACGCCCCCAACACCUGCGCGGGGCGCUGCGGACGCCGGCUGCGUGAUCCGUGCGCCCUCGAGGGGCUGCGAGGAGUCCAGGAUGGCUCCGGGCGGGGCAGUGGCCGGGCUCCUGCUGCUGGCGGCCACCGGCCUCGGAGGGGCGGCCGAGGGGACCGGGCUGGUCUUCAGCGACGACGUGCUGAGCUUGUUCGGUGCCAAUCGGAGCCUGUCGGCGCCGCAGCUCGGGCUCCUGCUGGAGCAGCUGGGAUCUGCGCCCCACAGGGGCGCCUUGGAGCUGGGCCAUCUGCACUUCAACCAGUGUUUAUCGGCAGAAGAGAUCUUUUCCCUUCAUGGCUUUUCAAACACCACCCUGAUCACCAGCUCAAACUUCUCUGCCAUCUGCCCAGCAGUCUUGCAGCAGUUGAACUUCCACCCCUGUGAUGCUAGGCUCAAGGGAAAAACCAAACCAAGCCUUUCAGAAGUUUGGGGCUACGGCUUCCUGUCGGUGACAAUAAUUAACUUGGCAUCUCUCCUUGGAUUGGUUUUGACUCCAUUGAUAAAGAAGGCAUAUUUUCCCAAAAUCUUGACCUAUUUUGUGGGACUGGCUAUAGGGACUCUCUUUUCUAAUGCAAUUUUCCAGCUGAUCCCAGAGGCCUUUGGAUUUAAUCCCCAAAGUGACAACUACGUUGAGAAGGCGGUUGCUAUCUUUGGUGGGUUUUACCUACUUUUCUUUUUUGAAAGAACACUCAAGAUGUUACUGAAGACAUAUGGUCAGAAUGAUCAUACUCAUUUUGGAAAUGGUGACUUUGGUCCUCAAGAAAAGGCGCAUCAACCUAAAGCCUUGCCUGCAGUCAAUGGUGUGACGUGCUAUGCCAACCCCGCUGUCACAGAGCCUAAUGGACACAUCCAUUUUGAUAGCGUCAGUGUCGUGUCUCUCCAGGAUGGGAAAAAGGAGUCAAGUUCAUGCACGUGUUUGAAGGGGCCCAAGUUGACAGAAAUCGGGACAAUUGCCUGGAUGAUAACGCUCAGUGACGCCCUUCACAACUUCAUCGACGGCCUGGCCAUUGGAGCUUCCUGCACGUUAUCUCUUCUCCAGGGACUCAGCACUUCCAUUGCAAUCCUGUGUGAGGAGUUUCCGCAUGAGCUAGGGGACUUUGUGAUCUUGCUCAAUGCGGGGAUGAGCACCCGACAAGCCCUGCUGUUCAACUUCCUGUCUGCGUGCUCCUGCUAUGUUGGGCUGGCAUUCGGCAUUUUGGUGGGCAACAAUUUUGCUCCAAAUAUUAUAUUUGCACUUGCUGGAGGCAUGUUUCUCUACAUUUCUCUGGCAGAUAUGUUUCCAGAGAUGAAUGAUAUGCUGAGAGAAAAGGUAACUGGAAGAAAAAAGGAUUUCACCUUCUUCAUGAUUCAGAAUGCUGGAAUGUUAACUGGCUUCACGGCCAUUCUGCUCAUUACCUUGUACGCAGGAGAAAUCGACCUGGAGUGAUGGGAAACCGAAGAUGGUCUUGUUCAUGAAGGCAUUUCAGAAAUUAAAAGGAAAUAUCUCCAAAGGGAUUUUUAAGCUUACCCUAUUUAGUUAAAAGAUAAUUUUGUUUUCAAGAUAAUCGAAUUACUGCUUUCAGACCAUUAUUUGUUGUUUAAAAUGUUUCAAAAGGUUUUUGGUUCCCAUCUGCAAUACUCAGUGUAUGGGUCUUCUGUAAAACUAUGUUUUUCAGUGUUUUGUGCAUACAUUAAAAUCAUCAUAAGGCAAGACACAUGUGUUCCAUAGUCAUGUAAACACCCAGACCCAGAG